UAUCCUGCCCCAUUCACAAGGUAUAUGCUCUUCCCCAAGAUGGAUCCCAUCCCAUUUGAUUUCUUGAAUCAGUAAGAACCACACACGAACACCACCAAAACAAAUUCUCCUGCAAUCCCAGAAUCAAAACAAAUAAGAGUAUUCAUUUGAGAAAAAAAAAAAGAUAAAUAAAUAAAUAAAAACUGAAGAACACAACAAAAUCCUUCAAUGGCGUCAGCAAUAACCAGACCUUCCUUUGCUUUCAAGUCUUUCAAAUCUCCUUCCUCUGUGCGUAAACUCAAACCACAGCUCAAGUUCCUUAAAUUUGAACCAAUUUCUUACAGACCCUUAAAGCCCAUUUUCACAGUAAAGUCAAUUGACGUCUCCAAAGAAGACAAACAACCAAUACCAGAAACAACCCAGGAUGCAGAAACCCCUGUUGAAGAGGAAUCUGAGGUGAAAUUUGAUAAAAGAAGGCUAGAGGAGAAGUUUGCAGUGUUGAAUACUGGAAUAUAUGACUGCAGAUCUUGUGGGUUCAGAUAUGAUCAGGCUGCAGGGGACCCUUCAUAUCCAAUUCCACCAGGGCUUCCUUUUGAUAAGCUGCCACAGGACUGGAGGUGCCCAACUUGUGGGGCUUCCAAGAGUUUCUUCGAGAGCAAGAGUGUGGAGAUUGCGGGUUUCGCUGAGAAUCAGCAAUUUGGAUUGGGUGGUAAUGCACUAACCUCUGGCCAAAAGGCUGUGCUUAUAUGGGGUGGUUUGUUUCUUGGAUUUUUGUUCUUCUUGUCUGGUUAUUUUCUUCAAUGAUUAACUGUUGAAAUAUAUUGAAAUUUGGUACAGUCUGAUAGUCUAAGAACUCUUUUACCCACCCCAACAGAGUUGUUUAUCUUUUGAGAAGUAAUAAUACAUGAGAUACAUGUUUGAGUUC